GUUUUGUUUCUAAAUUUAAGUGGCAAUUCUUGAUUGACAUUUGAAUUAUCUAAAAUUAUUGCCUUAUUUCUUUAAAAAACCAAUAAUUUUAUAUGUGUGGACAAUGAACGUAUUGAAAAUUAAUUUGUGAUAAAAAAAAUGACAUGACUCCGUUGGCUGCCCUUUUGUGUCUAAAGAUGCAGCGCGCAUGUCUCUUUAUAUAAAACAUGGCCGGUCGUAGCGGUUAUGACGAUAGAGACAACAGAGAUUUCGGAGGUGGUGGUCGCAGCCGCGGAGGUGGUGGUGGCGGCGGUGGAGGUGGCAGGAAGCCCCUCCCCACUGAACCACCUUUCACAGCUUACGUAGGCAACCUUCCAUUGGGCGUUAUUCAAGGUGAUAUCAAUGAGAUGUUCGCCAGCUUAAACGUCAAGAACAUAAGACUUGUCAAAGACAAAGAGACAGACCGGUUUAAAGGUUUUGGUUAUGUAGAAUUUGAAACUUUGAAGGAUCUAGAACAGGCCAUAGCAAUGAAUGGGGACAUUGAAGUCGACGGAAAUUUAGUUAAAAUUGAUGUGGCAGAUGGAAAACGAAACGACAGAGGGGGCGGCUUUGACAAAGGCGGCAGAGGUGGCCGAGGAGGUGGAAGAGGCGGUGGUGGUUUUCGCGGGGGUGAUAGAUACGGUAACGACGAUUUCGAUGGACGAGGUCCACCAAGAGGGACUUUCAAUGACAGAGACCGAGGGGGCCAAAGAGGCAACUAUGGCAAUUUCGCAGGCGAUGAUGGACAUAGAGGUGACUGGAAUGCUUCAAGAGGUCGAGGAGGACUUGGAGGCCCCGGAAGUACUCCUGGCGGUUUUGGUGGUGGCGGCGGCGGUGGUGGUGCUGGAGGCGGCCCUGGUGGUCCUGGGGGCGGUAGACCACGUCCAGAGAGAAGGAGUUUCUCAGAAGACCUUCCAUCUCCUGCUGCAGAUACCACUGGUAGGCCGAAACUAAAGCUGUUACCGAGGACGGUGAAAGCGCCUAUAAAUGCAAUGGCGUCUUCAGAAAAGAGUGUAUCGAUUUUCGGAGGUGGAAAACCAAGGGAAGAGAAACCCGCCUCUGGGGGAGAGGAGGAGAGUAAAGAUGUUUAAUUUGUGUGUCUCUUGUUUAUUUUUUUUUUAUUAAGUUAUUGUAAAAAUAAUAAUUUUACAUUUACGCAGAAUGUAACCCUAAUAAAAAAGUACGUGCGGGAUUUUUUCUAAAAACAAAAAGAACUUAGGUCUGCAUAUUCAUUGUUUUUUGUUUUGUUUUUAAUUUUCUUUAAUAACAUUAAGUUCGGGAGAGAUUUAUUUGAAGAGAUGUUUCAGAUUGUAUGUAACGAAUUUUUACGGCUGCAUUUUAUUGUGUUAUUUAGGAAAACAGGUGUUCCUGGUUAUCUUAAAAACAAAAGAAAAAACCACCACUAUAGAUUUCUUAAUUAUUAUUUCUUUUUUCUAAUCGUGAUUCUCUCAAAGCAUACUAGGGUAGUUACGAGUGAUGUUGCAAUCAGUUUAAAAAUUAAGGAUUUAUAGUGAUACAUCGAAAACAUUUUUGAACAGUUAAAUUUUUUGUUAUAUUUUAGAUAGAUUACCCUUUGUAUUACAAAAUUAGGCAGAAAAACGAUUUUGUACAGGGUAGUGCAAACACGUUCAUUGCUAAAUAAUGAAAAUUUACACUAUCCUGUAUAGCAAAUUAUUAUUUAUUCGAUUAUACUACUAUUUGCUUUAUAGUUAUAAUUUUGUAAAUAUCAGUAAUUAUUUGCAUUAAAUUGAGUAGAUUUUGGCAACAAAACGGAUGUUUUUGUAAAUAAUAUUUUUUUCAUCACAUUUGUUUAUACGGUUUAUAAUUGGCUAGACGUUAUGAUCAUUGUAGUGUCCCAAUCAAAAAUUAUUUCGUGAUAACUGAUAUUAAAUAGGUAUUUUUUUUUAGAAUCGAUGCAAAAUUGUAUUUAAAUAUGCAGUUAUAUGUAGAUAAUUUACUUCUUGAUACUCAAUGAAGCAUUUUAUGGUAGAAUUGUUAAGUUUGUUAUUAAAAAACAUGAAACAUAUUCUAUUCUUCUGUUAAAUUAAUACGUAUGAUCGACUUAUUUAAUAUCUCUCAUAAAAUUAAUUUCAUAACGCUUCUACAAUUACAACCUGUAUAUACAAAAUUUCUAAAAAUACGAUAAAGUUAGAUGACGCCUUUUCUACAGAAUGAUUUUACAUUCUAUUUCUAUACUUAGAGAAGAAACCAUUUUGAUGUCUAGGAUGAUUGUUGAAGACGCUUAACUUUUUUUAUAAAGGUGGCAUUUGAGAUCGCCCUAACCGAGACAUUGUCGUUACGUUUCAUACAUUUGGCAAAUAACAUCUACUGCAUCAAGAGAACUAGGCAUUCAGUAUAUAUCAAUGAAAGCACUUCAAAAUAGAGGUGGGCCAUUCGAUUUAAUUCGAAAUAAAAAGAAAGAAUUGUUGAGCUAGUCGAGUGGCCGAACUAGACACUAGUCGUUUUCUUUUUACAGGUAUACUUGACUAACUAAAGGUUAGAUUCUGAUUUAAACUAAGUUGUAAAAAGAACGCGAAUUUUGGUUGACAGGUGACGUGUCCCAUGUCAUCCGUUUACAAACAAUCGACAUUUUUAUCUAUACAUUCAACACUACGAUCUUACCCCCUGUUAUCAUAGUCUUUUAAUCUCUCUAAGAUAAUGAAUUCAUGGGAUAUGUUUGUUCGUAUAAUGCACAAAACACUCACUUUCUGUUAUGGUUUAUGGUUGACGUCCAGAUCCGUGUACCUUAGCAUCGGAAAGGGGGGACGAAAGAUUCUGACUUACAAUCACAAAAAGAACAUAUAACUAAGCUUAGUCGAUGUAAAUUAGCUUAGAUUAGUGGUAAAAAGAAAACGACUGUUGUUUAACACUUGCGUACGGUAAUAUUGACGAUUCGCGUAUUAGACAAUAUCCUUAUUUCAUAUAUACCAUAAUGUACUUACAUCUAGUGUUUAUUAUUUCGCACUAUCAUACUAAUUCGAUUUGAAAUAUUCGAUCAGUGGUAUCUUUUACUACCAACAUGUUAAAGUAAAAUAUAGCAACCAACACUUUUGUUUUUGCGCUAAUUUUCCUAGUCAAAUUCAUCAUUAUUAUAGAGCAAUAAAUAAAAUAUUGAGAGAUCAAAUAUCAAGAAUUUUCGAAUCGGAUGAACGAAUUUUUUCAAAUCAGAUGAUUUGUUUUAUCUGUAUCAGCACAUUGAUCCGUAUAAUUUAUAUGAAUUAUAUGGAUUCGAUCCAUUU